GCGGAGCGGAAAUACCCGCACUGGCAGGUUUGUCACGUGAGUGGAUGUUUUGACAGAGUGGAUGUUUCGGAGUCAAACUAGACGGAGUCCGUGAGUGUCGCGUGAGUGUCGCCAUAGUUUAGCGGCAGUUCGACACCCCCCUCUGCGGACGCGCUCUCCAGCGGCUCACGCCUCGGCACACGGCGGGAGACGGACGGCGAUGGCGUGCGGUGACAGCCCCGCAACGUUCGAGUCGUGGCUCAACCAGGCCACGGAUCCAAAUAACCAGGAGGACAGAUGGGACUGUAUACAGGGCUUCUACCAGCUCGUCAACAAACAGGCUGAUGGGCCCCAGAUCGCUGUUCGCCUUCUCGCUCAUAAAAUUCAGUCACCGCAGGAGAAAGAAGGUCUGCAGGCGAUUACUGUUCUUGAGGCAUGUAUGAAUAACUGUGGCAAGAGGUUCCACAAAGAGGCUGCCAAGUUUCGCUUUCUGAAUGAGCUCAUUAAAAUCUUAUUGCCAAAGUACUUUGGGGCGUGGACUCCUCAGAAAGUUAAAGACAGAGUGGUUGAGGUUCUGUAUGGCUGGACGCUGUGGCUUAAAGAGGAACCCAAGAUCCAGGAAGCGUACUUCAUGCUCAAGAAGCAGGGUAUUGUGAAGAAAGACCCUAAACUGCCUGACACACUUAUAAUGGCUCCUCCACCACAGAGAACCACAGACUCUGUGUUUGACCAGGAGGACAAGGCCACGUUAUUAGCCAGAUUAUUAAAAAGCCAGCGGCCCGAAGACCUGGAAACUGCAAACAGACUCAUUAAAAGCACCAUACAGGAGGAGCAGGACAAGGCAGAGAAGACGCUGAAGCGAGAGUCCACUCUGAAAGAGGUGGAGAGCAGCACCAAACGGCUCAGGGAGCUACUGGAGCAGCGCAAAAUGACUGAAGCCUCGUUACAGCCCAGUGAUGACCUGCAAUCCUUGUUCGAACGCUGCGACCGCCUGAGGCCCAGUCUGUUUCGUCUGGCCAGUGACACGGUGGAAGAUGAUGCUGCCUUGUCGCAGAUCCUGGCUGCUAACGACGAGCUAACACUUGUAGUAAAUGCAUACAAACAUCAGGUGGGGAGGAGAGACUCCACCAGAGACAGAAGCAAAAGUGAAGAAGAAACAGCGGUUCCUACGAGUCCCAGAGAGAUUAAAAGUUACCACCUCAUCGACCUGUCAGCACUGGACUCUCCAGAGACUCGCAGAAAAACUGACAACUCACCACUGUUCUUCAAAUCCUCUUCACCAGUUCUUUCCUCUUGUGAUGAAAACUCCUUCCACUCUGUGGCUGACCAGUUCGAGAUUAAUAAUUUGGCAUCAAAACAGACUGAGGAGACAAAAAAGUCGUACUAUGAAGAACUAAUGCAGCUCGAUGGAGAUAUUCAGGUAGAGAGUUCCAGGCAGAACAGAGGGAGGGGCCCCAUGCUGAGAUCGCGUGGAUGUGGGGGCAACAGUCUGACCUCCAAUGGGAUUGAUGCUUGGUCAGGAUCACUGUCUGUGGUCCAGAAACCACUGGAUGACAUGUCUGGCCAGAGCUUGUGUCCUCCUCACCUACUGCAAAACAUCUUUGUUCCACUGGAGACCGUCAAACCCAGUCAUCUACAGCCCAUCACUCUACAUGACCAUGGCGGUGUCCGCGUGUCGCUCCAUUUCGCCAAAGACUCUCCACCAGGUCAUCCAGGUGUCGCAGUGUUUGUCAUUUCCACAGUUAACACAUCUGCACUUGAUGUGAAAGCUUUGGUUUUUCAAGCUGCUGCCCCAAAGACCAUGCUACUAAAAGUUCAGCCUUCCUCUGGGACUCAUCUACCUCCUUACAACCCACUGCUGCCUCCACCGGCCAUCUCUCAGGUCCUCCUGUUGGCUAAUCCUGAGAAGCAUAAGGUUCGUCUACGCUACAAACUGACACUGACUCACGGACACCAACAACUGAAUGAGACAAGAGACAUCGAUAACUUCCCAGACUGGACUUCUUUGAUUGGCCACUGAAACCUACAGACAUUUGCAUUAAAAAGCCUUUGCACAGGAUUUAAAAUCUAGAUUUGUGACCUGACCACGAGUCAGGACGUUUCAUUGAAACAUCUCUACAAAAAGCAGACGCAUUACUUUGAAAGGUGUGUUGACCUGUUUCACAGUUACGACGAGAUAUUAUCGUGCUUUGGUUGUCUUUACUGCGGCCGUCGCUGUGAUUGCUGCCUGUUAGAUUUCAAGCCAAAUGUCUUUAUGAUGCAGAAUAUUCAUCGCAUGCGUAUUACUAUGUAGCUAGUUGUCUACAUACAUAUAGAAUUAUAGGUAUUUAUGGGUUAUAAAUACAUUUUAAAAGUGCCUGAUGUUUUAAAUGUUAUGUAUUUACAGUUUCAUGGACUGCAAGCUGAGCCUUUCUGCUUUUAGGUGAUUGAUUAUAACGUAGUCACCAUAGACCAUAGAAGGCGAUAGAGGUAAUAGAAGGACACCAUCUUUAAAACAUUUUUCCAGAUAUAAAGACUAAAUAUCAGUCUCUGACUUCUCUAGAAUUCUCUCAUUUAGUUAGUUCUCAUUUCCUGUUUUUUUUUUAAGUCCUGUGUUAUCUGAUCAUUAGUCGCCUUUAUUACAGUAGCUUGUCACGUUUUAUAUAUUGCAGGUGAUUUUGGUCACAGUACAUUUGUUGACUCUCGUGAAGUCUCUGUUCAUUUUCUGACCAGUUCAGUGUUUUCAAACCAGAAGUCUUGUUGCCUUUAUGAGCCCAGGAGCAGACGUCUGUGCAGUCUGCCUUGCUUUGUCAUCACAUAUUGUCAGAGUGUCCUGAGCUGAUACGUUGCUUAGAAAGCUUGUCCUUUUACGUUUGUCUGUUAGUUUGCCGCUAUUUUGAGUAAAGCGAUCUGAAACAUGAUAAAUAAGUAAAUAAAGGUUAAAUAAGGUUUAA